CCCGCGUGGCCCGCCAGCAACAACCCCACCCCCUACGACAUCUUCGCCCAGUCCCGGCACGCACCCUAUAGUAAGAAGAUGUUCUACCAGCUCGUGAAGCUCUAUCAUCCAGAUCGCCACGGGCAUGGCUCCUCCUCCAGCGACAAACUCUCCCGUGGCACAAAGCUCGAGCGCUAUCGUCUCGUCAUCGCAGCCAACACCAUCCUCAGCGAUCCCACAAAGAAGCGCGCGUACGACCUAUACGGUGCCGGCUGGGGCUCCAAGAGCGAUAUGUGUAACGAAGGCUGGCGUGAAAUGGACCGGGCCUGGAGGAGGGGUCCUGGCAGCGCAGCACACAAUGCCACGUGGGAGGACUGGGAGAGGUGGUACGAGCAGCGUGAUGGCGGCGCGGGACGCAGCAAAGAGAAGCAGCAGCCAUUGUACAUGAGCAAUGGGCUGUUCGUUGCUUCGCUCGCCGUGUUCGUGGUGAUCGGCAGUUGGGGUCAGGCAACAAGGGCGGGGCAACACUCGGUCCACCUGAUUGAGAUGAGGGAGAAUUCGAGCAACAACAUUAGUGAGGACAUGUGGAGAAGGCGGAGAGAAAAGGCCUAUUUGACGAGGGAGGAUCGUGUCGAAAACUUCCUGCGACAGAGGGAG